AUGGAUACAUACAACAAAGCUUUGAACAUUUUGAUGAAAUCCCCUGUCACGGAUGACAUGAUCCAAUUUUUGACACAUGCCACUUUGCAAGUGAUGCCAAAUAAUACCGCUUACCCAAGUCCUCCAGGUUCUCCAAAAAAGAGUCGUCUACCUUCUCUAAGAACUUUCAUCACCAAAUUGGUCAGAUACACUAAUGUCUACACCCCAACUUUACUAUCUGCUGUAUGUUAUUUGAAUAAAUUGAAACGUAUCCUGCCAAAGGAUGCAAAGGGUUUGCCAUCUACAAUCCAUAGAUUGUUUUUAGCUUGUUUAAUCAUUAGUGCUAAAUUCCACAAUGACUCUACUCCAUUGAACAAACACUGGGCUAAAUAUACCGAUGGUUUAUUCUCCUUAGAAGAUAUCAAUUUGAUGGAAAGACAGCUGUUACAAUUGUUGAAAUGGGAUUUAAGACUCUCUAAUGAGGAUUUGAUCCUGGAUUUACAAUACUUGUUAGAACCAAUUAAACAACAUAUUGAAAUCACCACUAGACAAAAGAAAAAGAUGCUAGCUUUCAAGAAACAACAACAAAAGCAAGAAGUUUACAAACAUAUGAGAAACUUAUCUGUCUCUUCGAACUUGUCUUCUUCGACUCUGGUAAACAGCACAUCUUACGAAGAUUUGAAAUGCCCAUCACCUUACAAUAACAAGUCUACUAGUAGAUCUAGUAGUAAUGGUUCAAUUAAGCAGAUCGAUAUAUGGCAUGACAACAAUAUGCCAAACGAUCUAAGUUGGAAUCUAGAAAAUCAUCCUGUGGCUAUCGCCUCCCACAACUACUAA